CCCUGCCAGACCGACCCCUGCCCAUUUCUCCUAAGGAACUCUCAUGGCUUCACGGCUGCAGACAAGUUGCCGUGCAUCUUGGUGGACUAUCGGAGUUUGCAUCCUGGUGGCCGCGCUCCUCCCAGGGCUGCAAGCUCAGACUGUCUUAGUCAAUGACACAGUCUCGGGGUUUAUCGGGACAGACGUGGUCCUGCACUGCAGCUUCACCAACCCGCUCCCCAAUGUGAAGAUCACACAGGUCACCUGGCAAAAGGCCACCAACGGCUCCAAGCAGAAUGUGGCCAUCUACAACCCUGCCAUGGGGGUCUCCAUCCUCUCUCCCUACAAAGAACGGGUGACAUUCCGGAACCCUUCCUUCAAAGAUGGCACCAUUCAGCUCUCCCGGCUGGAGCUGGAGGAUGAGGGAGUUUAUAUCUGUGAAUUUGCCACCUUCCCAACCGGCAACCGGGAGAGUCAGCUGAACCUCACCGUGCUGGCCAAGCCCACAAACUGGAUGGAGGGCACGAAGCGGCCACUCAUUGCUAAGUCUGGCAGGACAGAAAAGAUCUUGGUGGCUACCUGCACCUCUUCUAAUGGGAAACCACCCAGCACUGUCACUUGGGACACCAAGCUCAAAGGAGAAGCAGAGUUCCAGGAGAUCCGGAACAGCAACGGCACCGUCACGGUGAUCAGCCGGUACCGGCUGGUGCCCAGCAGGGAGGCCCACAGGCAGCAGCUCAUGUGUGUGGUCAACUACCAGCUGGACCGGUUCACUGAGAGCAUGACCCUCAACGUGCAGUAUGAGCCAGAAGUCACCAUCGAGGGCUUUGAUGGCAACUGGUUUCUCAACAGGAAGGAUGUGAAGCUGAUAUGCAAAUCUGAUGCCAACCCCCCAGCUCACACCUACGAAUGGAAACUGCCAAACGGGACCCUGCCAGGGAGCGUGGAAAUCCAGAACAACACCAUCUACUUCAAGGGGCCUGUCUCCUACAGCGUGGCUGGCACCUACAUCUGUGAGGCCUCCAAUGCUAUUGGAACCCGGUCAGGCUUGGUGGAAGUCAAUGUCACAGAAUUUCCCUACACCCCGUCUCCAAUCGAUGAUCGCAAAUCCAUGGUGCAGCCGAACAUCCCCACCCCGGUGAUCGGGGGCAUAGUGGGCGGCGUCUCGCUGGUCCUGGUGGUGGCCGUGGUGCUUUUUGUGGUACUCCGGCGCCGGCGUCACACCUUCAAGGGUGACUACAGCACCAAGAAGCACGUCUACGGCAACGGCUACAGCAAGGCCGGCAUCCCGCAGCACCACCACCCGCCCAUGGCCCAAAACCUCCAGUACCCCGACGACUCGGACGACGAGAAGAAGCCGGGCCCGUUGGGCGGCAGCACCUACGAGGAUGAGGAUGAGGAUGGGGGAGGCGAACGCAAGCUGGGAGGCCCCAACAAGUAUGAGGAGGACGCCAAGAGGCCUUACUUCACGGUCGACGAAGGGGAGGCCCAUCCCCAACCCUACGACGAGAGGACACUCGGCUUCCAGUACGACCCCGAGCAGCUCGACAUCGCCGAGAACAUGGUCUCGCAGAACGACGGAUCUUUUAUUUCCAAAAAGGAGUGGUACGUCUAGCUCGGCACCCCCCGCUGCUGCACACACAGACACACAGACAGACACACACGCAGACACACACAGACACCCCCCUCCCCCCUUUUCCCCUGCAUCCCUGCCGAGCAGAGCCCACCCUGCACGCACGGUCCCCCCCUGCCCCGCACACCCUGACCAGCCCUGGGUGCUCAGCACAGACUUUGGACGCUUCCAGCACCAGCCUGAAGAGCUGGCUGGGGAGGGAAGGAGGGAGGAGGGCAGCUUUGCUUACAGAUCUGUUUUGUUGGUUUGGUUUUUUUUUUUUUUUAAUUAUGACCUUUUUCUUUGGAGGGGGGGCGGGGAGGUGUGUGGGAGGCGGGAGGUCGGGUAAUUAUUUUCUCCGGUUUUGGUUUAUGCUUUUUUUGUUUUGUUCUGUUGGUUUCUCUUGAUGACUUUUGUCCCCUUCUGUGGUGUUCGUAUUGGUCGGUGGCUUAGGUGUUACUAUUUGCUUUAACGACUUGUUGCCCAGCCUGUAUAUUACACUCUGUUUGUGUCUUCAUGUCUCAGAGUGCCCCCUUCAGCCCCUACCCACCCCGAGGUUCCUCCUCCUCCUUCAGCACCCCCGAAACACUGGAAUUUUGUUUGUAUGUUGUCUUUGUUGUGUUGGUUGUGUUUUUCUUUUUCACCCUGGGAGGGGGUCAAGUGAGCUGUCCGUAGAAAGACAGAGGCCAGGAAAGCUGGUGGCAAUGGAAACAUUGGUGCCACGAUCAGGUGAACAGAUUUCAUGGGUUUUUUUCCUAUUCCCUUUCUUUCCAGAGGGGUCUGGGUAACAUUCCUCUUGCCCCCUGCACGCCUGGGGAGAUGCACUCCCAGGUUUUAAUGACUCAAUGAAAGGAAAAUGAGAAGAGGAGGGAGAAAAGGCCCUAGAACAAACCCCAGGUGCUCGGGCUGAUAGCAGAGCUGCCAUUUUCCUCCUACCAUUUAUUAUUUCCUGGCUUUUCAAUUUCUGCCUUUGUUUGAGUGUUCUUAUAAAAAGAAAGAAAAGGAGUAUUUAUUGCUGACUUUUUGUUUUUUGGUUUUUUUUUGGUGUGGUUGUUCUUGUUGCUGGUGCCAGGCAGGGAGCAGCUGACUCUGGUGGUGCACAUGUUGCUGUCCCUCCCUGGGGAAGGGGACCCACUGAUUUCCCUUCUCUUCUCCCACAAAACUCCCUGCCUCCAGCUCCGGUGUGCAGAGGGCACAUCUCCCAGGCCCACUCACCUAUUCUCUUUGAGGGCUUCAGCACAGGAUCGGGCCCCUACGUUUUAUGAUACCACUAAGACUUAAUUGUCAUGUGUUUACACUUCUUUUUUCUUCUUCUUCUUCUUCUUCUUUGAUUUUGGAGGGGGGAUCAGAGCACAGGGGUGCUUCUCUCUAACCCUCCUACCAACACCCUCAGCCCCCAGCCUUUAGGUGUCUUGCUCAGGCUGCACUGGUGGCCUCUUUCUCAAUGUCACAUCCCUCUUUCGAAGCAAAGGUUUGGUGGGCAGGGCAGGAGGGAGUGAGCCUGGGGAACUGAUCCCAUCCUCCUUCCCUGGAGCGUGUGAGGGGGGGGCUGGGAUUGCUGCUGUCUCUGCUCUGUGGAUAAAUGGGAUCCCAGGCUCCAGAGCCCUCUCUCUGACACCAAAUUAGAUUCACUGGAUUGGGGCUUAUUUUUCCUUCUGUGGGUUGGGGUGGGUUUGUGUGGUUUUUUUUUUUUCUUUUCUUUUUUUUUUUUAAUUUGAUGUAUAAAUAAAUCUUUUCCUUGUAAAGAAUCCCCCAGUUUUCUGAGCUGUAUUAUCGUGCACAUCUAAAAAUAGCAGGACUCAUUCUCCUCCUGCCUUGCCCGCUGGGUUUUGUUCCAUCACAUCCAGUGGUUAUCCUGCCACAAAAGGGAGGAGGGUGGCAAGUCAGACCCACACAGAUGAGUCAAGGUCAGAUCUCUGAUCCAGGCAGCCUUUGAUGCUUUUUGGUGGGUGGGUUUUGGGUCCAGGCAACGUGAAGCUCAGCCUGAGCCAUCCACAGUUUGUAGCUUCCCCUCAGUGGUGUAGGGGAGUGGGAAACCCGAUUGUUCCCCUGUAAUCUUCCUGCUGUUCCUGCCAGCCCUCCCUGCUUCCUGGCUUCUGGCAGAACAGCCAAAUGCCACGGGAAAGCUGCUUUAUGUCCACUUGAAGCAAGGCAGACAGAGAUUCCCUCAGGACCCUCGGGCUGAACCUUAAAAAAUCCAGCUAAACCUUCCCAUGUCCCUCCGCUGCCACCAGGAGCAGCCAGCAGCCAAGCACCCCCAAUAAAAGGAAUGAAACCUCUGACAUCUCUCCGUAUCUCUGAUUGCUUGUAGGGGCUGAUUAUUGUUGUAAACCUGCAGAGGGGAUUCUCCAGUGCCUUGGGAUAACAGGAUUCACAGGGCUUUAAGUCCCCCAAGCGUGGCUUUCCCUGGGAUCUGGAUCAGGACAGGGCAGCCUUGCUGAGCACUGAACCUGAGCCACAGAUACUUGGUGGAACGUGGGGCAUUUUGGAGCCUGCACAGUCUGUGGGGCAGGGAUAAUUCUCAGCAAAGUCUGUCUCUCAACCAAAUCAUCUUUUAGAUCUGAAUUUCACAACUGGGCUCUAAAAAAGAGUUGUCACAACAUCUCCAGCCCCAAACUCUGGGUGGUCCAUGACCAAGAACAGAGUGGAAGUCAGUGGCACGUUCCCUCCCCUGCAACUUUGCCCCAGCAGAGAUACAUGCUGCUCACUGGUGUGGUUCAGAAGAGGAACCAAAUGAUUAUUUUUCAUCCAGAACCCUGGUAAGGCUGGAGGAGAAGAUCCUUAGACGGCAGUGAGUAGGUAGCCUGCAAGUUCAAGGUUCAGCAAUUCAUUCCUCGAGCCCUUCAGCAUCAUGUUGUUGGUGCAAUUAUUCCCACAGCUGUAGGGAAAUGCCACCUCUGUGCAGUGAUCUGCUUCUUGCUGUCCCUUGCAAGGUCAGCUAAUUGGCCAAGAGGCUCUUAGGGUGGUCAUUAGCCAAAGGAUUAGCCAGUAAUGCCAAGCAAGGUAGCAGAAAAAAAGAAGUGUGUAGGGGAAAAAAAUGAGAUUGAUGUUUCAUCAAGAGCCAUUUGGAUCCAGUAGUAGCAUCACUCCCUGCUCUGGGUUCAGUUGCUCUGAGGGGGCCCUUGAAGGUGGUAAGAUCAGGUUUUCCACCAGCAUCAGGAAGCAGGUGGUACCUUUCUCUCCUCGUAUAUGCAAGGGGAGAUGCCCAACUGAAGUCCAUGUGCAUCCUGCUUCCUGGGAAGUGCUGCAGGGGAGGGAAGGUGCUGGAGACCUAUGCAGUGCUCACUCUGGAGGGACAGUCUGCCUGGUGGCCCCAGGGGUUCCCUGCUACCCGGGCUACCAGAGGAGACAGGGGGGCAAUCUGUUCCUUCCUCUGGGGACAGUGUCACUUGUCCCUUUGUGCCUCAGUGGGGCAGGUUCUGGCAGGCUGGAGUCAAGCUGCCAGUUUUAAGUGGGAACUCAGGUGUGACAGUGCACACAGGAGCCCACAGGCUGGACCACCUCCCCGAGGGACCCUCGGGCUGCCUCAAGUGACAAAUCCCCUGCUUCUCCACCCCCUUCCAUCAGAGCUGCUAAGGAGGUGUAGAACAUCCCCGUGGGACCCUGCAAAGAGCAAGCAGAAGCCUCCAGCUGGGAGGUGGCAGCUGUUUGUUGGCCCUGCUUCACAGCCAGCAGCACAGGGUGGGCUGGGGACCCCCAGCACUUCCCCUGGGGUAGGUGGAACAUGUCCCCAUCCUCUCUCAGUUCCCACCACAGUGUUAGCUGCCUCUCCACCAAGGUGCUAGGGAGCUGCUGCUCUCCAGGAAAGCUGGGACCUGAGCUGGUGUGUCCCAAUAAUUACAGACAGCUUGGAAGUGCCUGGACUGGGUGUGGGCAAAGUGCCUGGGAGGGCACAGCCAGUUGCUGUACCUCCAUUUGAAGGGAUCGUUGCCCAGAUCCCUUCUCUGGGUUCUUGCCAAGGAAAAGACAUCUCAAGGUGGUGCUUUGCCCUUCCCAAGCCUUCAUCCUGGAUAGCAAUUUGAGGCCAAGCUUGUGGUGCCUCAGGAUGAAGAUGGGUGGAAAGCUGAGCAGGCAGGUGAGAGGGUCGUGGCUCUGAGCCCCGUGGUGCAUCACUCAGGGUCUCACCAUCAUCACAGCAAAGAAAAUGCAGGCAAAUUUGGGCUGAGCCCCCAGUCCUUCCCUGUGUGUGUUCAGGGAGCUCUACUGAAGCAGACACAUCUGUGUCACAACCCAAAAGGAGCCUGUAGUUUAUGCACAAAGACACCCCAGCUGUUCUCCUGCUGGGGCUUAUCUCUAGGAUUAUUCAUUGCAGUUCACCCAAGUGAUGUUAUUUUCCCUUAUUUAAUUACCAGAUUUUUAUAUUUUUUUUUCCCUAUCCCUGUUGUUAAAUCAUUUUCAUUUGGCCUGGGGAAAAAGAAUAAGUAAACCCUGAAGAAUUCUUAGUUAAAAAAAAAUAAUAAAUAAAACAAAUCAAACGAACUGAAGUGGUAGCACCAAAUUGGUUGCAAAGACAUAAGGGACAUAGGGAGCCAUUUUCCUGGUGUUGAGUCAAAAAAGAAACACAACAACUGUUCAGCAGAAACCACUGAGGGUGAGAGAGAGAGAAAGGUUCUAAAGAUUGGUCUUCAAGCAAUUAGGGAAGGGAAUGCAAUUAGAAGGGGUUGCUCAGAGCCCCAUCCAACCUGCCCUUCAACACUGCCAGGGAUGGGGCAGCCACAGCUUCCCUGGGCAACCUGGGCCAGGGUCUCCCCACCCUCACACUCCAGAAUUCCCUCCUCAUGUCUCACCUCAAUCUCUCUCUUCCAGUUUUCAUCCAUCCCCCCUUGUCCUCUCCCUCCCUGCCCUUGUCCCAAGCCCCUCCCCAGCUUUCCUGGAGCCCCUUCCCUUUGGUGUUGUGGAAAUGGGACCCAUUUUGUUCUGAGAGGAGAAGCAGGUUGGAGCCUUUUGCCAGCAGGUUCAAAGUCACUGUAAGCUUCCCACAUUCACAACCACUUAAGUUUUGGCUCUUUUUUUUUUAAUCUGCAGGGCUUCUGACAGCACUUUCCCCUCCCCAAGCCUGCAGCUCCCCCCCUUGCUUUCCCUCCCCUUCAGAUUUGGUGCAAUUUGCUGACAACUCCUUGAGAGAGGCAGGGGAAGCCUUGGGGCAGGGGAGGGUGCAAAGACCUGGGGUCCCACCUCAGGGAGAGUUUGUACUUUGGACCAGGUGACUUCCCAAAUGUCCUGUACUUGAGGGUAAAAAUAACAAGCAAGUAGACUCAGAUCCUCUCCUAGCACACACUGGCUCUGGUGGAGGGACUCUCAUUGAGGAUCUGUUUUUUCUUCUCUUUUGCCUUUCUUUUUUUCUUUCUUUUUUUUUAAAAAAGUGAUUCCUUAACUCCAGUGAUUUAGUCUCAUUUUUUUCUUCUUCCUCUUGCUGUACUUAUCAUUGUGGAAUAAAGACUGCAGACAGACAAACAACCCCAACCCCACUGUUUUGUUUCUUGUUUUGUUGUUUGUUUUUUUAAAAAACCUGUUGUCAGUGCUUUUGUACAAAAAGAAAAAAUAAAAAUAAUAAUAAUAAUGUAA